AUGGUGAGCGGAUCCUGCAACGAAGUCCUCUUGACUUCCACGGAGGCACCGAUCCCCCACCGGAAAGGCCUCCUGCAUGGGAACUACCGACAACGAAUGGAGAUACCCGCCAGAGAAGGAGCAGGAAACAAGCAUCACAAGGGAACACCCGAGGCGACCACCGUACCGCUCAGCAGAUCGACCUCCUCCACAACAAAAAUAAGGAAGCCAUCUCUAGCAGACUGGUCCAAACACAGGAUCCCUUGCAUGCAGGGAAAACAGGAACAAAAGCAGAACAAGAUGAAACCUGCAGAUACAGGUACCCUUGAAAGCUGCAUAGUCCAGAAAAGCAGGACAAGAUGA